AUAAUUCACAUGAACAACAUAGUCCUAGGACCUACUAUCAAACUAUCAAAAGUAGAAAAUUAGCUGAAUGCUAUAAAACUCUCGAAGCUGCAUCCCAGAUUAAUGUAAUCGAAUGUGAGAAUCAAAAGGUUAAUAUGUCAACGCGUAAUGUAUUAAAUAACACUACGAAGGUUAAUAAAGGGAAUAACCUGAAUGGUAAUGAUCUUCAAGAAAUGUGUAUCACUUGGAUGGAUAAAAUUGCACGAAUUAAGGAUUCACCAAGCUUAAAGCAACAUGCUGGUAAAGUCGACGAUAGUAUAAUAAUGGUGAAAUGCAAGGAUAGUGGUAACAGCCAAUUGUUUCUUAACAAUAAGGUGGAGAAUAUUAAGUUGCAUGUGAUGAAUGAUCUUAUAAUCAAAACCCGAAGUGCUGAUAAAGAUAGAAUUGAUAAUCUAGUAGAACGUCUGUUUAAGAAAAAUAAUUUAGGCGAUC